CUGCUUUUCCCGUGCCGAUCCAAUCGUCACCGUCCACUUUUCGCUCAUCUCCACACAUUAGCCUACACCUUCGCACAGGCCAUCACGUGCUCACCCCUACAGCUACAGCCAAGUAGCCAACCAUAUGCACCAUGUCACAACAAAAUCCCUAGUUUUUGGUUAUUUAACUUUAUUAAUCUCCGCCAUCCCUAUAUUUUUUGUCACCUCUCUAAGCCUCGAAUUACUGUUUCACUGACCACGAAUGAAUCGGUUUUUAAAUACCUUAAACGUGGUCGUAUUCACUGCGAGAUUUCAUUUCUGUUAAGGUUUUUUAUUUAAUUUUCUUCGGUUUUUUUUUUUCGCGGUGACCUGAGAAUGGUGGAAUCGGUGGGACACGAGCACGACGAGGAGUUGUCGUUGUUGUCUGAGCACAGCAAUGUUGACCGGUCCUGGCGGUUAAAUUUCGAUGGCUUUCAGUUCUCGUCUGAGCACGCGGAGAAGAAGCCGCCUCGUGGCCUCCAUGACUGCCUGGGAGUUUUGGGAUCAGAAGAUAACGUUGCCGAGUACUAUCAACAGCAGGUAGAGAUGCUUGAGGGAUUUAAUGAAAUGGAUGCAUUAGCGGAACGUGGUUUUGUUCCUGGAAUGUCAAUGGAAGAGCGAGAAACCAAGGCUAGAAGCGAGACUUUGGCUAUUAGAAUAUCAAAUAUUGCUAACAUGUUUCUUUUUGCUGCUAAAGUUUAUGCCUCUGUCAGAAGUGGUUCAUUGGCCAUCAUUGCAUCCACAUUAGACUCUCUUCUUGAUCUUCUGUCUGGUUUCAUCUUAUGGUUUACUGCAUUCUCCAUGCAAACACCAAAUCCAUAUCAGUACCCCAUUGGAAAGAAAAGGAUGCAGCCAUUGGGAAUUCUUGUGUUUGCCUCAGUCAUGGCAACACUGGGCCUGCAGAUUAUCUUGGAGUCAGUGCGCACUAUGGUAUCUGAUGAGGAUGACUUUGACCUUAGCAAAGAGCAAGAGAGAUGGGUUGUGGGCAUAAUGCUCUCAGUGACCCUGGUAAAACUUCUUCUGGUUGUUUAUUGUCGUGCUUUUACUAAUGAAAUCGUCAAAGCUUAUGCCCAGGAUCACUUUUUUGAUGUUAUCACCAACAUCAUCGGCCUCAUUGCUAUGCUUCUUGCUAAAUACAUUGAUGACUGGAUGGAUCCUGUGGGAGCGAUCAUUCUGGCCUUGUACACAAUUCGCACCUGGUCAAUGACAGUGUUGGAAAAUGUCAACUCCCUUGUUGGAAGAUCAGCUGCCCCUGAAUAUCUACAAAAGCUGACAUACCUCUGUUGGAACCACCACAAGGCUGUAAGACACAUUGAUACAGUGCGAGCUUAUACUUUUGGGUCUCACUACUUUGUUGAGGUUGACAUUGUUCUGCCAUCAGACAUGCCCUUGCAAGAGGCCCAUGAUAUUGGGGAGUCCUUGCAGGUAAAGCUCGAGCUACUGCCAGAGAUUGAACGUGCCUUUGUUCAUCUUGAUUACGAGUACUCACACAAACCUGAGCAUGCUCAAGCCCACUCAUAGCUCCUUGAAACUCUGCUGCAACAUCUGUUAUCAUCUUGUUGGUGCCUUUCGUUUCCACCUGAAUUUUAGUCAUUAAUUGUGCACGAAAGUUAAACCUUGUGGAAGCAAUUUGUAAUUAAUGAAAGAUUAUUCAUUUAGUAUA